CUCAAACUCUCUUUUUUUUCGCUCGCUUUCAAUAUUGUUGGAUUGGUUGGUUACAAUGGUUACAGCGGUUACAGUCGGUUACAGUGGUCACAGUGGUUACACAACCUGACAAACUAAUGAUUAUGAUCGACAGUUAAAAAUUUUUCUUGUGUUCCCUCAAGUUUCUAAAUUUAUUUUAUUUUCUUUUUUUAAUCUUUUAAAAAAAUGCCUUCUCAAAAAUUACACGAUCCUUGGGCUAAACGUGAAGCUUGGCGUAAUGCUCCUCAUUUUUCUCCUCGUUAUUCUUUAAGACAUGCUUGGCCUGGUCUUUCUUGGGGAAUUGGCGCUUUUAUCAUUUAUUUGGGUAUUGAUGCUGUAACUUCUCGAAUGAAUGCCCAUGAUAAACAUAUUGAAACAAAGGAAUCUCAAGCUCAAACCGGUUAACCCUGGGAAUAGGAAUAUAUGUAUUAAAAUUGGAGAUAUAUAAUAAUAAAAUUUUGGUGUUAUUGCAAUAAUGAAAUUAAUGAAACAGAUUCAAUUAUAAUAAUUUAGAUCUAUUGUAUAAUUUAUCAGAAAGCUAUUUCACACUAUUUCACAACUAUUUCACAAUGAUUUCUCACCAAAUCAUAAUUAAAUAAGGAAAUAUAACUUUCCUAGG